AUGUAUCCGUGGGCUAAGAUAAGCAUGACUAAAAUGCCCGAGUGUCAAUUCACGGCACCAUCCACUGCCUCGGCCAACAAUAAAAAGCCAUCUAAAAAGACCAUGCGUCGCGCCAUAAAUCAAGAAAAGAAUACUGCGCAGAUUUCUCUUGUAGAGCCACUGAUGACUGCCCCCACAGCAUCAGCUAUUACUUGUGUAUCUCCAUUCACUAACUCGACUAUAGUGGGCCACAAUGCCCUACCAAAAAAGCACUCGAGUGAAGAUACAGUAUCUAUUGUUGAUGUACCCGUCAAACCGACUUAUUUUACAACACUCAACUCAACCAGCACGAUUCCUCGUCGCGCUUCUGGUAUGGUUUUGCAAUUAUUGGCUAUACCAUGGACCCCACAGAUUAUUCCUGCUCAGGUGUCGACGCAACCCAUUCCAGUUGCAGCGCUGGUCAAGUCAAGCACAAAGACAAUCUCUUCAAUCGACACGAUCCCCCGUCGCGCUUCUGGUAUGGUUUUGCAACUAUUGGCCACACCAUGGACCCCACAAACUAUUCCUGUUCAGGUGUCGACGCAACCCAUCUCAGUUGCAAUACCGGCCAAGUCAAGCACAAAGACAAUCUCUUCGACUAAAUAUAAUCCUAUUGAUGACAUUUCACUGUUCAACAGUGGUAUUCCGACCAAGUCUUAUCAUCUCGGCAUACUAGCACCAGCUGUCACGGCAGACAAGUCUGUUUUGGCUAUUGAGAGUACUAGACACUCUGUGAAUCAUACCAUUGAUUCGAAUUUAACUGAAAGCACCAGCAAUGUGGACUCUACUAUCUUGCCACAUGUUGACUCGUGUAUUGCGUUGAAACCAAUUUAUGAGUCAAGAUAUCCUUUUUCAAAUGAAGUGAUUUGCAUGGUUGCCAAUGCAGUUCAUAUACGGGAUAUUACCGUGCUUGAACAACUUGCACGUCUAUUUACUAUCUACACGACUGGCUCGGCACAUUCAAAGGUUGCUGCCAGACAAGUUAUAACAACUAAAACAGUGGCCACGACAGUUCCAAACAGCAUAUGUAAUCCUGCUUGUCCAAUCCAGUCUGUAGCUGUAAAUACGACGCGAAAAACUUAUUCCAUCGCUGGGCCUGUUAUAGAUUUAGUUGCUAUUGUUCCAGAGAUUCCAACCAUUUUACCGGUUUCUAUUGCCAAGCCAAGUCAUAUUCAAUCAACCACCAUCGAGCCUUUCGAUAUCCCUUUACCUGAUACAGCAUCAAUCGAGACAAAUGCAACCACUCUUCAAAUAGAUACAUCUUUAAUAAAUACUAAAGAUGUAGCUGAAGCAGCCGCAACAACUUUGACCAUUGGCAAUACCUCGAAUACCAAUACAAUUCUAGACCCAUGCAAAAACACGACCAGCAAAACCUUGAGCUAUAAUUUCAAGGACACCAAACUUGACUCUGCUGUCGAUCUUGGCCAACAACAGGCAGAGGUUCUUUCUGAUGAGAACGAUGUGUCUAAAUUAAACAAAGCACCUUCAAUUAAAUCAAAACAGCCAAAAAAGGCUGUAAUUACAUCUUGGUGGGAUUGGAAUUUGGGUGAUCCAAUUCCUGUUUUUCCUAAUUCGAAAACAGUAACUCCCAUUCCUUCCCAACGAUCUCAUCAAACACGCACUACCAUUAGUCGCGCAAAAGUCGACGAUAUCCAAUUACCUGCAGAACAAUUACAUUUAAAAAAACCAAUCAUCACAUCCAAAGUACUCGUUACCGAGAUCAAAUCAACUACCAAGGCAUCGAAAAAAACUGCAAUUGAAGCAGGGUUCGUGUCCGCUCCUACUUCCAAAACUUUGUGCAAUACAGUAUUUGGACAUGCCAAACCUGUCGAGUCGAAGCCAUCUGCUCGACUCAACACUGAAAUCAAAACACAAACUCUCACCAACAACACUGCUAUUCCAAAACAAUCAGAUGCCGGUGAUUCAACCGUACUUGCUCGCUCCACUGAUCGUAAAUACAGCAAUAUAUUUGGAUACGCCAAACCUGUGGAAUGCAAGUCUGCAUCCACCACCACCAAUACAAAUCGUCGCGCUACAACUGCCAAUACAGCACAAUCUCGAUGA